ACUUAGUUCUCACUCUUCGUGGCCAGAGUUCAGACUCCAAGGCACUCUCACACUCUCGUAAGGGCUAGAGUUUAGAGGCCGUUAUCAUCAACCAUGGCCUGCACAAUGAGCCUAGCCAAACCCACACGUGUGGGUUCACACGUGCAUAUAUCUUCCCCUCUGCCCAUUCACAGCUAUCAAGUUUUCAUCUUCAACAACAGAAAUACCGGAAAAGGGUUCAGUAAACAGAGUGUAUUGUUGGGCCGACAGAAGUUGAGUCCAGUGCCCAAGUCCUCUCAGCAAAACGACAGCGUUGUGCCACCAGAGGAUGAUGAAGAUGGUGUCUCUCUUGGCACCAUGAAAUUGCCUUUAGACACCGAUCUUCAACGAUUCGAUAGUUUACUCUUCCAGUGGGCAAACAGUCUAUGCCAAGGAGCUAAUCUUCCUCUUCCUGUGCCACUCAAGGUAGAUAAAAUACCUGGUGGAGCACGAUUGGGAUUUAUUACAAUUGGAGAUGGAGAGACUGAGGUCCUUGUGUACAUAGAUUGCUUGGUUUUUCCAGCAACUAGCAGUUCAGGUCCGAUUUUUCGAGCUAUAAGAAGUGGACCAUUAAAAGAUAAGCCACCUCCUGGUGAGCCACGGAUCAUGAGAAGCCUUCUGCAAGCCCUCCAGAAAUCAGUUGAAAUUGCUAGAGUUUGAACAAGUUUUGUAUUUAAGAUGUAAUAACAUACAUGUGGACUCUCUUUUGUUCAUACUGUUAUUUCUAACAUUAUGUUUAGAAUUUUAAUUUCUAAUGCUUGGUUAAGGCAAUAAAAUUUUUGUUCUCAUAAAUCUCAUUUCUAUCUGUCUAUA